AUGGCAGUGGACAUCCGCCCGGUCCAGAAGAAACACCAUUUGUGCCGAUCCUGCCUUGUGAAAUGCACCCUGCGGAAAGGAGUGCCUUUCCCUCGGAUGGGGCACCGGGAGUCCUAUGGCAAGGAUGGUGCUUGGACGUAUGUCUACUUUCCCGCCGAGUUCAAAGAGUUUCAGGAGGAUGUGGCGCAUUUCAUCACGCUGACUGGCGACGCCGCAGAGCCCCGCUGGUUUUUCGUGGUGGAUCAUGUGGCUCUGAAAACUUCAGAGCUGUCAUUGCCCAUCCUGCAGGCAGGCUUUGAUUGGACGACGAGCAACCAGCGGGCGUUUGAGCAUAUCAUGCACGAUGUCAAGGAGACGCUUUUCGGCCAGUACUUUGAUGAGGAUGUGGAGGAUGAUGUCAACAUUCUCAAGUUUCUGACUGUUCAGUUAGACAGCAAGCUGAAAGAUUACUAUUUCAACGGCGACGAUGCCAAGCGCUACAACCGCCAGCUGGCGCACAUCCGGUUAGCUGGGCAGAAGUCUCUCCUGAUCCAACUGGUGGAAAGGGACUUGUGGCGCAGCGUGGCAUGGCUACUGCAGGAUUGCUCCGUGGAGACGGCGAACGAGGAGUGGAUGAUCCUGGCAGACGUGACCUACAAAGGGGACCGCUACGGCAACACAGCUCUGCACGCGGCCUGCUACGAGGGGAACCUCCGCAGCCUCGAGGUGCUAUUGCACCACGUGGAGAGGUACCAUGGAAGUCCAAUGAGAGCGCCAUGGCAAGAGGACGAGGUGGACCGUUACCAGGCGCUGGGUCCGGGAAGUUGGCUUCCCCAAGGCUUCGGCCUUUGUGACCUUCUGGACAAGAUUAAAAACGACCACGAUGGCCGCACAUGUUUGGCGAUGGCCGAGCACGAGAAGCACUGGGCCUGUUUCAGGGCUGUCGCCAAAGUUGUUCACCGCCUCCGUGGCACCGAGCCGAAGCCGCAGCACGCGGCAUUGAGUCGGAUGCGACGCAUCACGGAGGUGCGGAUUGGGUUUACCAACGACGAAGCACAGCAGGAGCUAGAGGCGCCGAUUAUCUUCCUCCACGUGGCGGAGGGCGGCUCACAGCUGGAAGUUCUCGCGGACUUCUUGAGCUGCAACGGACCAGAGCUUUGUGCGAGCGGCGCGCAGAAACUCAUCAUUAGGAAUCUCCACGAACCCUCCUCUCGCAGCGUAGCGGAGGUGUAUCAGCAACUGCCGCGCUUCAAGAAAGUAACUUUUAGCAAUUGCGUAGUCUCAUUGGAGUCCUAUUUGGAGAUGUUGAUGAUGACCAGCAGCUUGCUGGACAGCGUUCCACCUGCAGAUCUAGUGCUGGAAGAAGUCGUGCUGGGUGUGGUUCCAAGAGUGGCAGGUUCUGACCAAGAUCAGCGGCAACAGGCACUGCCGAUCAUCCAACUCCUGGCUCAGCAGAUGAUUCAGAAGCUGAACCGUCCCUGGCAGGUCAAGCUCAGCGCGCGUGCAUUCGAGGCACUUCAGCUGUCACUCGUUUGGCAGAACCGCUUGAGAUGGAUUGGCGACGUCAGCACUUGGCUGACCACGGCCACGGUGGCCGAGAUGGGUCGGAGUUCCCACCCGCUGAGCAACAAUCCCUUCAAUGCAGGCAUUUUCCAUGCGUAUUCCUGGGCCUUUGGACACGACAGCAGUGGCCUGAGGGGAUGCACUGAUAUCGCAGGCGCCCUGGAGACAAACCACGAGUUUUUUCUCUAUGUGGAGCAACUGUUGACAACAUGGUCUGAAAUCCUUCGCAGUGUGGCGGAGAAAACCCAGACGCUUGCAGGUCAAACAGUUUACGCAUUGGUGGAAGAACUUGAUCAUGUCAGCGCUGCUAUGCUGCACACGCUGAACCAUUUGGCUUCUCAUGUGAGCGCCAAGAGGGAUUUCAUCUUGAGCCUGAUCAAAAGCUUUCUGGACUCAGCGAAGAGCUGUGAGAAAGACCUGGGAUGCCUCACGCACGCACAGUCUCAGGGCCCAUGUGUUCUGCUGCAGUGUUUACAUGGAUUGGACCUUCUCAAAGAGACUUCUUUGGCACACAGCUUCGAUUGGAAGCAGCACGAGCACGCGGAAUGGGCCAAAGGAGCAUUGGUUCUUGUCCCACCUGAGCGACUCUCCGAGGACAGAACGUGGCUGGUGCAGAAGCUGCUUCAAAGGCUGAGAACAGAUGGCAAAGCAACGGCUCAUUAUGCCAUUGUUGAAUGGCAUCAGCUCGGAUCACUGCAGAUGGAUGGGCUUGUGGAGGUCGCUCAAGUGAACUUUGAUUCAGACCCUGAUUUGAUGAUGCAUGUGGCCACGGAUUCUGAGUUGGACCUCUUGGAUAAGCCCAUGAAGUUUGUGGGCGUGGAUGGGAUGCAGGAGGAUGGCCCAGACGAAAAGACGGAGAGCGCCCACACAUCGGGAGCAGGACAAACGUCAGGUUCGACGAUGGCACGCCCAAGUCUGAGUGAUUCGGGAACUUACAAGAGCUUGUUCACACGUUGA